AUGUCGUGCUUCCGUGUACAGAAAUGGAGGGUGUUCGCACACAGAUGGUUUUUAUAUGACGCCUACAUGCAGUGUCCAAUGUUAUCUGGGGAAUUGUUAGCCUCGUACCUUACAGGAUCCAGAAAAAGAAUAUAUGAUCCACGAGGUGAUUGUGGCGAUAGUGUUAUCGUCUUCAACAGUCGUUAUAUUGCCGCGAAGGACAACAGUCUGUACUGGAGACGCUUCCUUUACACUCAUCACACUAGGUUUGGACCCUAUCGUGUCGAAGAGACGAUGGAAGAAAUGCAUGCUCGCGAUCCAACUGAGGUUCUUAGACGCGAGGUUCGCUCGCAUCUAAAAAACUGCACUAGCCGGCCCGAUUGGCUUGCUCGUUUACACAUUUUCGCCGACGGAAUUGAGACCCUGCCGAAGGAUCUCAUCAACAACGUUUCUGGUGUCAUACGCCAAGUACUCCCCGUCCCUAGACGCCUUGAAGCCUAUUCACCAGAAGAGAUCGAAGCUUAUCCAAAGCUUUUUGACUGGCCUGAAAACUAUGCCGCUCGACCGCUGAGUCCGUACACAAAGCCACGACCGAGAGCUGGGAAAGGCCCAGCCGUUAAAGAACUAAAGGCCUAG